AUGGCGACGUCUGACACCGUGAUUAAGGACAUGUACGACGUCGGAUUAAAGCCUCUUAUGCUCCGUACACUUCUAAAAGAGGAUGUCCCUGACGAGAAAAUCCCAUUUGAUUCUCCUUCAAAACUAUCCCGUAUUGUCACCUGCAUUCAAUCUCACAAGCUCUUAUCAGAACCAUCAAUCACCGACAACAACAAACAAAUCGAAAGGUGGAAAUCGUCCGUCGAUGAUUGGAUCACUCGCUUGUUGUCUCUUAUCAGCAUCACCGCCACAACACCAGAUAAAUGUUGGGCUGGAAUUUGCUUGUUAGGAGUGACGUGUCAAGAGUGCAAUGCUGACCGCUUUUUGGGAUAUUAUGCUGCUUGGUUUGAUAAAAUUUUGUUGCAUGUUCAGUCACCGGGGGACUCUCAGUUUGUGAAGGUGGCUGCUUGUACUUCAAUAUCGGAUUUGAUUACGAGGUUGGCGGGGUUUCCAAAUGUGAAAAAGGAGGGGACUUCGCUUGCUGGGAAAGUCAUUCAACCUGUUUUAAAGCUGUUGAAUGAGGAUUGUUCAGAGGCUGUAUUGGAAGGAGCAAUUCAUCUGUUAUGCACUGUUAUAACUUCCUUUCCUGCUGCACUUCAGCGUCAUCAUGAAAGCGUUGAAGCUGCUAUUACAUCAAAAAUAUUUUCAGGAAAAUGCAGUGUAAAUUUGAUGAAGAAACUAGCUCAUUUCCUAGCAUUGCUUCCCAAAUCAAAAGGAGAUGAAGAUAGCUGGAUUUUAGCAAUGAGGAAGAUUCUGUUACUGGUAAAUGGUUACCUAACUGAAAUCUUCACUGGUCUAGAAGAAGAAACAAAAUGGGAUGAAGCUGUUAGAUUAUUGGUUCCGCCAGGAGAAGUUCCUCCACCUUCUUUAUGGGGUCAAAAGCUGUUAGAAGAUACCUCAGACAAGGAAAGAAAGAGAUCCAAGCUGCACAGUGUUUCAGUGCCUGUUCGCUCAUUAUUAGCCCUUGUUGAGAGAGUGCUGAUGGUCGAUGGCUCCUUGCCACCAACUACAUCACCCUUUGUGAUUUUAGCAGAACAAGAGUUCAUUUGCUCUGAACUUCCAGUUCUGCAUUCAGAUGCUUUGGAACUUCUUACUUCAGUCGUAAAGGGGAUUCGCAGUCAACUAUUGCCACAUGCUGCAUAUAUUGUGAGACUUGUUAAAGAAUAUUUUAAGAGAUGUGAGUUACCAGAGUUAAGGAUAAAGGUCUACUCCAUCACAAAGGUGUUGUUGAUGUCGAUGGGUGUUGGAAUAGCAAUAUAUCUUGCACAAGAAGUUGUCAACAGCUCUUUUCAUGAUUUAAAUCCCACUGUUGAUGGCACAUCUGUUCAUGCAAAUGCAAAAUCCGAACUUUUGCUGCAGCCUUUCCACAGAAAGAGAAAGCAUGGUGCAACCGGAUCUCGCGAACAGCUCCAUGACAGAACUGGUUUGGAGGUGGAAACAUCCAACAGUCCAACUGUGAUUUCUGUGAAGAUAGCUGCACUUGGGGCAUUGGAAACUCUUCUAACUGUGGGUGGUGGUUUGAGAUCUGAGUCUUGGCGUUCAAAAGUUGAUCAUCUUUUAAUAACUAUCGCAACAGAUUCCUGUAAGGGAGGACGAUUUAGUGAUGAAAGCAAAACUUUCUUGCCCAAUGAAUCAAUCCUAACAUGCUCAGAUUUACAGCUAGCAGCAUUACGUGCACUUUUGGCAUCUCUCCUUUCUCCUUCUCAAGUGCGGCCCCCACAUUUAGCUGCUGCUCUUGAGCGCAGGCAAGAAAUUGGAACAAAAAUAUCUGAAUUUUGUGCCUAUGCACUCUUAGCCUUGGAGGUGCUUAUACACCCCCGGGCACUUCCGCUGGCUGAUUUUCCCUCUGCAAACUCCUUCAAUGAAGGUAACCACAGAUUCCCAGAGACUAUAUACUCUGUCAUCCAGAAGCACAGCAACCCAUUUUCAAGUGGCAUGCAGCACACAGGACAUGGCCUUUCUGAUUCAGAUGAUGAUUUGUAUGAGAGUUGGCUGGAUAGCAGCAAGGAAACAGAGGGUCCAGUGGGUGAAAGUAUGGACGCUGAAAAGCCUACUGAAACUUUAAGGGUUCAACCGGGAGAAAAUAUUUCCAUGGUUGGUUCGUCAGGUGCAAAAAGUCCUUGGAGAAAUGAGCACGAGCCAGCAGCUGCUAGUGCAGACACGGAGAUAAAGAUUGACAAUGAACUAAUGGUCGACUCACAGCAAUUACAAGAAUCCAUGGAGCGGCAUCAGGAAUCUUCUAAAGAUGCCACAAUUCCUAUGGUUACUAGCAUUCCAAAUGUUACCAAUGUGGACUUGACAGGCUCUGGUUCGGAAGGUGAUGCUUUAAAUUCUAGGGAUAUUGAAAUGGCGUCAGUCCAAGCUGUUAUGGCAGAUGAAAGUGAUGGGCUUACCACCAAAGAUGGAAACACAACAUCCUUAAGUGCUCAGAAAGGUACUACAUUUGCUAUUGAAGAUGAUAAUGAAACAACUGAUUCUCUCCCUGAUAUCGUGGAUGUUGAUCCCGAUUCUGAUUAG